UCUGUCUGUCAGUUGUCAACUAGUAGUGGAAGAGAACGGUUCAAAACAAGUGAAACUCCCGUGUCGGUCGAAACUCUGUUGGUGUAUGGUGGAGAUUUUCCUCGCCCCAAAACGGUCAUUUAUCGCGGUCUGCCCCCUUCGGGACCCGGACCUAUCGCUACUGGAGCCCAGCAGGAACCGGAAAAGGGCACCCCCGGAACGGACCGGAUCCAUCCGUGGCUAGAUUACUACCAAUCACGCCGUGAAUCGAAGCGAACGGGAUCAUCGCCCGCCGCGGGUUCUGCCACAGACGUUCCUGAGGAACGCAUGCCAAACCGAUAAUCGGUUCUUGUAGCACGUGUUCCGCCUGGUCGUUACAUGUUCGUAAUUGGUGCCAGAGACUCGCGGAAGGAAUGAUUUUGAAGUCACCCUGCGCCGUGCCUUCUACUGUAACAACACGUCCCACGAGAGCAACGAGACCGAGAGGACAGUCUAGAUUGAAGCGAGACGAACCGGAAGUAGUCGCGGUGUUAUUGGGAAGACGACGAGCAGGAGUGACGUCGUGAAAUGACCAUCAUCCUCUUCCUGGUGGACACGUCGGCGUCCAUGUGCCAGAAAGCGCACGUCAAUGGGGUCCAGAAAAGCUAUCUGGACAUUGCCAAGGGCGCGGUGGAGACCUUUCUCAAGUACCGACAGCGUUCCCAGGACUGCAUGGGCGAUCGGUAUAUGCUGUUGACGUUUGAAGAUCCACCGAACAAUGUGAAGGCUGGUUGGAAGGAGAACCAUGCCACGUUUAUGAACGAGCUGAAGAAUCUGCAGAGCAACGGCCUGACCACGAUGGGUGAGGCGCUGAAGAAUGCGUUCGAUCUACUGAAUCUGAACCGGAUGCAGAGCGGGAUCGAUACGUACGGACAGGGACGGUGUCCGUUCUAUUUGGAACCAUCGGUGAUCAUCGUGCUGACCGAUGGGGGGAAGUAUUCGUUUAGGAACGGGGUCCAUCAGGAGAUUAUUCUGCCGCUGCAUGCUCAAAUCCCCGGGACGAAGCUCACGAAGGAACCGUUCCGGUGGGACCAGCGGCUGUUUUCGUUGGUGCUGCGGAUGAGUGGAAACCGGGCGGACGAACGGGUCGAUGGGAAGGUGCCGCAUGACGAAUCGAUGAUCGAGAAGAUGUGUGAGGUCACGGGUGGCCGAUCGUACAAGAUCCGCUCCCAAUACGUACUGAACCAGUGCAUCGAAAGCUUGGUGCAGAAGGUCCAACCGGGAGUGGUCAUCCACUUCGAUCAGCUGCUCACGACCAACAAUGGCGAAAACGGCGGCGGAGGCGGAGCUGAUCUACAGUUCCAGUCGAUCAAACGCAUGAUCUACGUACAGAAGCACCCGCAGCAGAAAACAUUUCCGGUGGGCUUCUGGCCCAUCCCGGAACCGUACUGGCCGGACCCCAAAACGAGUAACCUGCCGCCGCGAGAUGCUCAUCCGAAAAUCAAAAUAAUUACCCCGUGCUGUGAUGAACCGGUUAUGCUGCGGAACUUCCCGAUCGACAAGUACGAACUGGAACCGAGUCCGCUGACGUUGCAAAUCCUGUCCAAGAAGGAAACCAACAAGGUGUGGCCGCUGAUCGUUUCCAGCGGGAUGCACGGGAUCGAGAUGCCUUUCGGUUUUCUGAAACCGAGCAGCACGAUGACCGUGGUGAAUCUGUACGUCUUGCCGUACAACUAUCAGACCUUUCUGCCACUGAUCAAUGAUCUGUUCCACAAGUACAACCUCAAUCCCCCAAACGAUUGGAUCUACAAGUUUAGCAAUUACGUGAAAUCGAUCCCACAGUACUAUUGUCCGUUUCUAAGGCGGGCACUGGCAUCGACACCGAAUGUACCUUACCAACUGGUGCAAUACAUACUGCCGGAGAACUUGGACAGCUAUCUGAGUCCGGCGGUGGCGAACUAUCUGAAACAGAUGAAGAACACGGCCAAACAGGACCAGGAGAAUUUGUGUUUGAGGGUGUUCAAGCAGUUAAAGCAACCGAAACCAGCCUACCAUCAGUUGGAGACGGUAAAGCUGAAUCCUGGUCUGCAGCUGAAGCGUGAUCUGGUGUCGCAUCCGAUGUUGAAGGAUGCGUUCAACAAGGUCCACGCGGACAUUGCUAGUUUCGAUAACUACACGAUUGUGGUACCGACUGUGAUGAGACCGGCUUCGACGAAGAACUACCGCAACCCGUUCGAUAUCCCCCGGCGGGAUCUGAUCGACGAGAUUGCUCGAAUGAGGGAGAACUUCUUCCGGCUGCCGACCAGUGGAAUUGCGGUGUUCACCAAGGACAGUGGGCACUGCUUGCCGAUUGCGGACAUGGGUAACUACCAGGAGUAUCUGAAGAACAAGGACGCACCCCUGAGGGAGCUGGAACCAACGAACGUGCGACAGCACAUGUUCGGCAAUCCGUACAAGAAGGACAAGAACAUGGUCAUGGUGGACGAAGCUGAUCUGAACGAGAUUGCACCGAUGAAGGGCGGACGAGGCGAAGUGGCAGGGGCUUUGAAGAAUAGAACCGAUCCAAAUGCAAGACUGAGCCGGAAGCGGAAAGCGGGACCAAUUAGGAAGGAUUACGUCUUCAAACGGCGGUGUUUCGGACUGAGCAUGAGCUCUUCAUCCAGUGUGACGUCGGAAACGAGUUCUCUGGCAGAUUUCACAUCCGAUGAUGAUAGUGCUUCCGUGAUGAGUAGCAUGGGUUCGGAGGCGGAUCUCGAUGACGACCAGGACGGUCGAUUAGUGGUAGACUUUGAGUUUCCCAACGACAAGGAUGAGGAGAGUCCUCUCAAUGCACACGUCCGGGAAUUCAUCGAAGGUCCGGACGAAGGUGGCAGUAUUGGCGCGGGUCCACCUCCUCCGGAUUCGAUAAAUAUCGCCAUUCCCGAGUAUCCGAUUCCUGCCCCAAUGCCCUAUCAUCACCUUCAUCAUCACCCGCCACAUCCACAUCACCACCAUCUGCACCAGGCGAUUCCUCCCCAGGUUAGCCUCGCCGUGCCCUCCUCGAGCACCACUUGUUUGCCACCACUGACCACCGGAAACAGCAGCACCUCCACCAGUAGCAGCACUUCCAGUUCCAUCAGUUUAGCAUCCACUAGCGCGGCGUCCAACGACAUGAACGACGUGUUGGAAAUCUCCAACAUCCUUAAAACGUGCCACAAUGGCAACAAUAGUUACGCUACCCCUGAGGAACCUCCUCCUGAACCGGAGCCCAUCAAACCUCACAAACCCCCCAAACCGAGUAAAAGCGAACACACGACCUCAAAAACGGACAGCACGACCACCACCUCCGCCCCUGUUAGCGAACGUAUUCUUCUGAACGGAGGAGACCACUUCCCCCCAGCGACGUCCUCCUCCAAGGCACCUUCCGCUCCGGUGCGGAAAGCUCCCCGACCGCUCUCCGAAGCCGAGAAGGAACGUUGUCGCGAGGAGAACUACGAGACGCGGACCAUCGUCUUCAAGGACAUCCGGCGGCCCGGGCGAAACUACUCCCAACUGCUGGAGCAUCUCCACCUCAUCAAGGGCGAUCUCGCGCUCAAGCAGGAGUUCAUCGAAAUGUGCGUCCACGAGGCGCUACGGUUUCGGAGGCGGAAGAUGGCCGACAGCAUCCAGGAGUGGUGGGAUGGCCAGCUGGAAGCGAUGAAACAGGAAGAGAAGCUUCUGCUAAAACAGCAAGCUAAGGCAAAUUGUGUUAACAAUAGUAGCGCUUAUUCGAAUCACCAAUCCGGGAGACAUUCGCGACUGUCGGCCACCGGAAGUAGUAGUAGUAGUUCUGUCAACAGCAGCAGCAGCAGCAGUAGUAGUAGUAGUAGCACUAGUAAAAGCAGUAGUAUCCUUUUCCCCCACCAGUCACAUCCCCCCAACAAGCAGCAGCACCACCACGGGCCACACAAACAUUCGAAUCAUCAGAGCGGAAGCAGUCGGAUAUGAGAAGCGACCGGAAGUGCACACGUGCUGCAACUGGUGCGUGUUAAAUUGUAAAUUUGUACCCGAAACAAAAAACGGUUAGUUUCUUCUUAGAAUUUGAUUGAUCAAUUGUUCAAAGUGUAGUUAAAAAAAUGAAAGGACUGAGAACAAAAAGGUUUAGUUUUUUCCUGCUUCCGGUUAGCCAAGGGUGUAAAAGUAGUUCAAAACUGGCUGAAAGUGGGUGUGGCCGAAAGUGGUCGUCGAAUGUGCGAGCGAGAGAGCCUUUAUAUAACACAAUUUGUUCUACACGAAGGAGUAGUAGUUUUGUUAAUGUUUCCCCCUCCCAUUUUUUUUUUUAAUUUUAAAAGAAAGUAUGCAAAAAAUGAUCACGCAAGUAAGAAAAUUUAAAAAAUCAAAUUGAAUCACUGAUGAUAAUGGCAGAAAAACAAAAUGUAGCGGUAAGGACAAGAGCAGUUGAGUGUAAAUAGAUAAAUGUUAAAUAAAUCGCCUACAUGAUAAGAAAAA